UUUGGCCUGGACAGUGCAUGAAACAAUGAUCCAGUUCAAGAAUAAAAGUGAAUUAUCCAAAUGAGCACAGAGGAGGCCCUGAAUUGCUGUCAUUUGACGUUUCAGGAAUGGACUAGAGCUUUGAAAAAUGUUGCCAGAAGGUGAAGCAAGCAUCGAGGAGAUGGCAAAGGGUACGGAAAAUCAGCCAACAGGCGAUGAUACUCACUCGGACACUGGUGAACAGCGAGCCGGACACAAUGAGACUACCCAGGACAGUGGAGUGGAUGUUUCUGUACUUGUGCAAGAUCCUUUGACACUCCAUGGAUCAAUUCAGGGAGAAAUGAGCGAUGUGGCGAGUAUUUAUACUGCCAGUACGUCAGUAUCUGGCUAUGAGAGUAGCUCAAGCCGUGUGAGUGCAGUGACAGUGGUUCUACCGUGGGGAGCGCAGAAAGAGACAGUGAAACCCCAGCAUAUAGAAGAUAUGGAUCUCAGACCGGGGGAAUUCGUCAUGAGAACUCUCUUCGCUGAUUUUGCUAGUCAGGCAGAGAGGAAAAUUGAGGCAGUAAUGACUGAGACUGAGAAGCCAUUGUCAAAAGUUCUCCAGAGAGGUGAAGAUGCCCAAUUUGAUCAACUGUUGUCGGCGUUUGGCUCAGUGGCCGAGCACUGCCUCCCUUCGAUCCUUCGUUCACUCUUCAAGUGGUAUGAGAGACAGUUGGUGGAUCAGGGAACUGAUCAGAAGAAGCCAGCCCCUGGCAAAGAUGAUCAGAAAGGCAAGAGCAUCAUGUACACCAUUGUCUCUUCUAACGUUGAGGUCCCAGAGAGGAGUGAAUCUGAUUUACUUCAAGAACGUCGUGAUCUUGCAGUCGAAUUCAUCUUUUGCCUCAUGCUCAUUGAAGUGUUGAGACAAUUACCCUUUCACCCAGGCCACGAGGAUCUCGUCACAGACAUUGAGAAUAUUGCAUUCAAACACUUCAAGUACAGGGAGGGCAUUCAAAAUGAGCCCAAUGCAGUAAAUAUCCAUAUUAUUGCUGAUCUCUUUGCUGAAGUUAUUGGAGUACUGGCUCAAUCCAGAUUUAUGGCUGUUAGAAAACGUUUUAUGGCCGAUCUCAAGGAACUCAGGGCUAAAGAACCGGGACCUCAUACCACCCAGAGCAUAAUUUCACUCCUCAUGGGGAUGAAAUUCUUCAGAGUGAAGAUGGUACCAAUCGAGGAGUUCGAGGCAUCCUUCCAAUUUAUGCAAGAGUGUGCACAGUAUUUCUUGGAAGUUAAGGACAAAGAUGUGAAGCAUGCACUCGCUGGAUUAUUCGUAGAGAUAUUAGUACCUGUUGCUGCUGCGGUGAAGAACGAAGUGAAUGUUCCUUGUUUGAAAAACUUUGUUGAAAUGCUUUAUUCAAAUACACUAGAUAUGUGCACCAAAUCGAAACAUAGAUUAGCACUAUUUCCCCUCGUUACGUGUCUUCUGUGCGUCAGUCAGAAAACUUUUUUCUUAGCAAAUUGGCAUUACUUUUUAGCCAUGUGUCUCUCUCACUUGAAGACUCGAGAUCCAAAGAUGAGUCGAGUAGCUCUAGAAGCAUUAUAUCGUCUACUGUGGGUCUACAUGAUUAGGAUUAAGUGCGAGAGUAACUCAGCAACUCAAAGUCGACUCCAGAGUAUCGUAAACUCUCUAUUCCCUAAGGGAUCCAAAGCAGUGAUGCCCAGAGACACUCCCCUCAACAUUUUCGUUAAAAUCAUCCAAUUCAUAGCCCAAGAGAGACUCGAUUUCGCUAUGAGAGAAAUAGUAUUCGAUCUAUUGUCAGUUGGAAGGCCAGUGAAGAUUAUUCUCACUCCAGAACGAAUGAGCAUUGGUCUCAGAGCAUUUUUGGUUGUUGCUGACAGUUUGCAACAGAAGGAAGGGGAACCUCCAAUGCCUAGAACGAUGGGGGUACUUCCCAGUGGCAACACCAUGCGAGUUAAAAAGACUUUCCUCAAUAAAAUGUUAACCGAAGACACUGCACGGAGUAUUGGAAUGUCCUCGUACUUCCCCCACGUUCGUAGAGUCUUUGUCGACAUUCUCAGAGCUUUAGACGUCCAUUAUGGCCGCCCCCUGAUGAUGACUAGCACUCAAAACAUGAACAAAGAGCCUGACGAAAUGAUAACAGGGGAGCGGAAACCCAGGAUCGAUUUAUUCAGGACUUGUGUGGCUGCUGUGCCUAGACUCAUUCCUGAUGGUAUGACUGGAGCUGAGCUUGUUGAUCUCCUUGGGAGACUGACAGUACAUAUGGAUGAAGAGCUGCGAGGAUUGGCUUAUCAGAGUUUACAGACUCUAGUGAUAGAUUUUCCGGACUGGAGACAAGAUGUUGUGCUGGGCUUUACUCAGUUUCUGGCUAGAGACGUGCAGGACACUUUUCCCCAGCUUGUUGACAAUGGAUUAAGGAUGCUCCUACAAUUAUUGACAUCUUGGAAAAAUGCACUGAUUAGUCCAAGUCCCAGGGCUAAAGAACAAAGUGAUAAUAACAGGAUUAACCCGAGAGUUGAAGUUGCAGUGAAGAAGGCCGAUCCAACUCAAAAAGUCGAGCAGGCUUCGAGUGUUUUCCAUUUUGUCGAGGGUUUUGCUCUUGUUAUGUUGUGCAAUUGUCGGUUGUACCCUCGACGACUUGCUGUGCAUAUCUUGAGAGAAGUUAAGGUGUUGCUGAAGGCACUCGGAGGCCUGGAAACUGAUCAGCCGAUUAUUGAUGUCAUCGAUGCCUGCUGUCCUUCGGUUGUGGAAAAAUGCUAUCAUUUGCUGCCACCUGCUGAAAAGGCUGCUGCUGCCUCCACUUCCAAUGUGGAUCUCCAGUGGAUAGCUGACAGAAGCAGCUGCGUCUGGACUGCUGGAUUCCAUGAUGAGAACAGCACCAAGAGCUCCUCAUUACUCAAUCUCAAUGGAGCUGAUCCCUGGAGCACUUGUCUUUUUGCCUUUCUGGAAAAAGAUAGAGUGCUGACGUUGUGUCCCAAUGCAACUGCUCACUCAUGGCCCAUUGUCUUCACACGAAUUAAUUCGCUGUUUACUGUCGUUGAUCCAACGCCUGUCAAUGAUAACAGAGCUUCGUUGUUACGGAGUUCCACAGCCGUAAGGAAACCAGUGAACGAGAGGGAUGUCUACAUGCAUAUCUGGAAAAAUUAUUUAACCUUUGGUUAUCGCGUUGUACCACCCAUCCCUAGCCCAAUUAUUCGCUGCGCUAGUCCCGAUCUCAGUCUCAGUGGUCAGCAUACGGUGGAGUUUGGUGUAUUAUGCAUGAGUAAGGAGUUGAGUCAGAGCCUGGAGAAUCUCGGUGGGGCGCAGACCCUGCCGGGACGUUUCUCCGUACCGUCCAUAUCCGGAAUCUACACCAGGCAUAAGCGGACCAGCUCAUCCCCAGAUAGCCUCUCGGCAGAAAGAGGAGAUAACAAGUCCCCAGGAACAAAUGCCAGCCCUUCGGCACUCUAUAAACUGACAGUGCCCUUAUUGAGGUGCGAGGCGGUCGAUGUGAGGGAUGCCGUAGUCCAGGCUAUUGGAAAAGUUAACGCAGAUGCUCUUAAGGAUUUAAUGGAAGAGCUUGUCCCUUUCAUACGCGAAGCUGUUGAUAGGAAACAAGAGAACAUGCGACGUAGAAGACGAAGGGAUGCUCUGAGACUUCAUCUUGUUCGAGUAUUAGAGCUUGUAGCCGAGUAUGGAACAUUCGGAAUUUGUCCUGCGGUGUUAGACCGUGAAACACAGUCGCUUCACCCCACAUUCGUCGAGUAUAUAGACGGUGCAAGGCUUUAUCUCGAAAAUGAAACAGACAAGGAAGCACCGGCCGUACGUGACAUUAAGUUACACUUCUGUAACUUUAUCCGAAAGAUGAUUAAAAGUUUCUCACUUGAUACAUGUCACUCAUUGCUGAAACGUGACCUCCGGAGGAACUUGUUCACCCUUUUUGCUGCAUGGGCCGGCCCCUAUGGGAAGCCUUUGACCAACACUUCGACAUCACUUGAUGAGGAAAAAACGUGCUCAGAGCUUCAACUAUCCGCUUUACAGGCAAUGAGUGGGUUACUCUGCUGUGGACCGUGUUUCAAUUCUCAGCUGCUCUCUGAAGAGGGGGCUAUUCUCUAUCAAUGGUUGGAUUUACUUCUCUCCAGUAAAGACGAAAAGAUUUAUGCACUGGCUCGCGAGACAGUGGUGUUACUACUGGAAGGAAAUCCAGACAUUGGAACCCUCCUUGAUUGGGUUGUGGAUCGCUGCUACACAGGCAUGCCCCAGGUAGCCGACGGCUGCUAUCUUGCCCUCGCUUCUAUUUUCAGUGCCAGGGAGUAUCCAUGUGAUCAUUACACGAGUGUAAUAAAUGUCAGUCUGAUGAACACGGGUUGUCCCCGUGCACCAGUUCAAGACGCCGCAAUUCAGCUUCUCCAACUCCUGGACCAGAGAUUCUUCGGAAAUAUUCGACCACUGCCAGGGGCUGAGCUUGACAGCGGACCGGAAGAGUUGACUUCUACGAUUGUAACGACUGCUGGAGCUGUCGGAUUGACAAAUACAGCCGGAUCAACCUCACCGACUAAAGCGGGAACCCUUGAUGCGCUCCUGAGGAAUACUUAUUGCCGCAAUCAGAUGUAUCUUUCGAGACAACUUGCUCAGCUUCAUCCUGAGCUCACAAUGCCCAUGUUCAGCGAGAUAACACACAGAUUUCAAACAGCAAGACGUGAAGUCCGACAAUUGUUACUCCAAUAUCUGCUGCCUUGGCUCCACAACAUGGAACUCGUCGAUCCUAACGUACCACCACCAGCUAAUCCAUCAAGCUAUUAUCAGUAUUACACCUCCGACGUUAGCCGUGGAGGAGCAAAGAGAGAAGGUUGGGGGAGUGCAGAAGCUACUGAAAUGGUUCUCAACAAUCUCUUUUACAUUACGGCAAAGUUCUCCGACGAGCAUCCGAAAGAGGUGGAGGAGCUGUGGGCGACGUUGUGCGGCUGCUGGCCGAAUAAUCUCAAAGUGAUAAUCCGUUAUUUGAUAAUAGUAUCAGGCAUGGCGCCACAGGAACUACUCCCCUACGCAAAACGAGUAGUUCUCUUCCUGGCUCGCUCAAGAGCAGAGAGAUUAGUAGACGAAAUGAUGACAGAGCUCCAAACAGUGGAGACUUUAAAUUGCUUAAUUGAGAGAACUGAAACGCCUCCUUUCUACCGUUUAACAAGUAUGAGAAAAGCGUCAUCCCACAGUGACGCACCUGCAGCAGAUCCAGGAAAUCCAUCUCGCGAUCUUGCGGUGGAGAAGGGUACAAUUCAUACAAAACGACACUCUGGGGAGGACCCAGUGAAGACUGGCUCUAAAUCAGACACCGCCCUGCGAGCCCUCGCUGGAUUUCAGCCAUCAAAACCCGAGAAAGCUAGGACUACCAGUGGCCCCUCAAUUCUCCCCGAUGACUUUUCAACCCCCACAACCGAAGUAGAACUCACCGAGGAGAUUUAUCCCCGAAAUGCCGUCACGGUGUCCACUAAAAUUGGACAAAACGAGAAAUUCGAUAUUCCUCAACCCCAUCCAUUACCGAUGCCAGAGUACGGUGGGUACUUUGCACCUCUGACAGAAUAUCUACCCGAUGCAUCACAACCAAUUAGUGGGUUCCAUCGCUGCAACAUUGCAGUUAUGCUUUUAACAGAUAUCGUCGUCGAUGGAAUUCAAAUAGACUGGUCGAUUCACGUACCUUUGAUGCUGCACAUCGUCUUCCUUGGACUCGAUCACUCACGUCCUUUGGUCCGAGAUCACUGUCGUCUGCUCUUAUUAAAUCUCCUUGUGGUCCUCGGUGAUCAUAGAGACCACUUGGGCGUUGCCAGGGUACUUCUUGCGUCACGAACAGAGCAAUUAGGUUUGGGCUUAACAACUCCAAACUUACAUGUAUUAGAACACAACUUCACAGAAGUCGAUCCUGAAUUUGAUAGCUAUUUAUACGGCCCACCUCCACCCACCGCCACUCCUCCCCGGACCACCUCACCUCCCCCAUUGUCUUCUGUACCUGACCCACCCUGUCCGCCACCUCCGCCUCCCAUGCCACCCCCUCCACCACCCCCUUUACCAUCUGAGGAAAAUUUUAAUGUAAAAAAUCCAUCGCCUGGACAAACUUCGUUAGAAUCCUCACCCUCGCACUCUCCUAUUCCUUCUAAUAGCCUCACUCCACCGAAUGUUGGAGGGACAGAGACUAAGCAGGACUUCAAUACGACACUGAGACCUUGGCAGACUCCUACAGGUCCUCCUGUCAUCGUAACACCUGAAGACACUGCUAUUUGGAAUGGGCCUCAGCCUGGACCCAAUAUGGCUAUUCAAGAUGUGAUUAAAUCGUUGAUCAACUUCUUGGCAUCGAGAACUGUUCAGCCCCUGUGGAAUUAUGAGGAUAUGACUGCGAAAACCUGGUGGGUUCGAAGCGCUGAACAAUUGACUGUUCUAUUGAGACAUGUUUUGAGGGUUUUUAGAGACUCUCUCCCGCAUGCACAUGUCAGUCAGCGAUGGGCGGAGACUGCCUUGCAGCUUGGAUUAUCUUGUUCAUCGAGACAUUAUGCUGGACGAUCGUUACAAGUUUUCAGGGCUCUCAGAGUUCCAAUUACAUCGAGAAUGCUCUCCGAUAUUCUAUCGAGAUUAGUAGAAACAGUAGCUGAACAGGGUGAGGACAUGCAGGGUUACGUAACUGAACUUCUUCUGACCUUAGAAGCAGCAGUCGACUCUCUAGAGUCAGAUUUUCGUCCCCUGGACUUCAUGAAGGAGAUCUUCAAGUCAACGCCGAAUUUGAAUAAUAAGGAUGCAGCUUCUGGAAUUAUUGCGAAUAAGAGAAAUAUUGGAGUGGGCUAUCCACCUGGUCCCCACGUCUUUAAUCACCUCAAUCAGACUGGGCACGCCAGAAGCACGAGUUACUCUGUCAGCUACUGCAUGAGGAAAUCGGCAGGACCAGCAAAUUCCGAUUCAAAGGAAGAUUCAAGAGUAUCCAAUAAAUAUCCCAUUUCAAACCUCUCAAGAUCCCGAUCUGCCCAGUCCCUGAAGCUGUUGGGGGACUCAGCGACUCAAGACGACAAAAUGACCAUUCUGGCUCAAUUAUUCUGGCUAUCAGUAUCUCUCCUGGAAUCCGACUAUGAGCAUGAAUUUUUAUUGGCACUGAGACUACUGGGCCGAGUGCUACAUCGAUUGCCCCUCGAUCGUCCGGACGCUAGGGAUAAAGUGGAAAAACUCCAGCAGCAGUUGGGGUGGAGUUCAUUCCCUGGAGUCCAUGCAUUAUUAUUGAAAGGCUGCACCAGUCCGAAUACUUAUGAGCCAGUUGUAACUCUAUUGUCUCAAUUUACUCCCCUGUUGGAUCUACCAUUCGUCGAUCCCACGCAGAAUCUCGCAUUUCCCAUGAACGUGAUCUCUUUAUUACCGUAUAUGUUAUUAAAUUACGAGGACGCUAAUGAGCUUUGUAUUAGAAGUGCUGAGAACAUUGCCCAGGUGUCCGCGGAGAAAGGAAAGAAGCUAGAUCAUUUGGGCACUGUGAUGACGUUGUACAGUAGGAGAACAUUUAGUAAGGAGAGUUUUCAGUGGACAAAGUGCGUUGUUAAAUAUCUUUAUGACACCUAUGCUCAUUUGAGCUUCAAUAUGCUCGCCUUCCUGGUGGAGGUGCUCGAGAAGGGACCUGCUAGCAUCGCUCUACCUGUCCUCAGUAUUAUUCAUUGUCUUCUGCAUUAUGUGGAUCUUGCCUCCAGAGCGGCACAGCCUAUCAAUACAGAAUUGUUGAGAGUCAUCUCGAAAUAUGUUGAGGGCCUAUACUGGAAGGAGGCGUUGAAGAUUCUGAAGCUAGUCGUGACGAGGUCAUCCACUCUUGUCGCUCCUCCAACUUCGGUUCAUGGACCAUCCUGGGAACCGUCCAUGACUUCUCCUCAUCCCAGCUUCACUGAUACGGAGAUAUUUACGAAGAAAGAACUCCCUGGGAGAACAAUGGACUUCACGUACGACGUGACAAAAACACCGAUUAUUGGGAAGAGAUGGUUGAGAAGACAAAUUGAGGAUGAAAAGACAUCGGCAUCACCGAGACGUUCUUUAUCACUCUCGCCCGCAGAUAGUAACGCCAUUUCGGGGUGGAAAAGACCUUGGAUGUCUCAGGGACGAGUGAGAGAGUGCCUGGUGAAUCUUCUGCGUCCAUUUGGUCAGCCAGUGGGUCUCCCCAAGAGUCCAUCUGUAAUAUUCAGUCAAAGUUCGGACCUCAUGGAGAGGCAGUCGUCAAUGGCAUCAUCGACUGAAGAAGUGUCAGGAGCGAAUAAUGAUCUGAGCGGUGGAUCGCGUCGUGAUGACGAGCAGUUUGGAGUUUUCAAGGAUUUCGAUUUUCUCGAGUACGAGAGCGAGAGCGUUGAAGGCGAGAGUACUGAUAACUUCAACUGGGGUGUGCGAAGACGUCCCCUGAGUGAGGGUGAAGAAAGAGAGCCUAGCCUGCGUCAACUCGAGGAGAGUCUCUCGGAGAAAACUGUUUCAUCGAGCAAGCACACGUCUCGCCGAGGUGGUGUAGCCGAAGAGUCAUCAGACGACGAGGUGGGCUCAGAAUCACCGCUGGAUGAAGUACCAUCUGGGUCUGGGGCUGGCCAGGAGCCAACGAUCGCCGGAAUUUUCCCACCUUCUUCGUUGUCACUGAUCCCUAGCCGUUCGCGCCAUGACUCUUCCACAAGAUCAGACACAUCUGGUUCGAGUGCGGGAGACCUUGGGGAUGUAACCCCCUGCAAUGCCUCACCAAAUUUAUCAGCCCUCAUGCCAUUUGGCCGACAAAUUGUUCGGGAUGACGCCGAGGAAAUAUGGCGACAACAGAUUCAACAUCUGAUCUCACAGGUUCCCUACAAUAUCCUUGAUUUUUUCCACCUCUUGAGUAAAAUAUUGAGGGACGUUUGCAGCAAGUCAGUGGGAUUAUCCCGAGAGGCCAGUGCAUUGUUGACCAAUGGGAGCACUGCUGCAUCGCAAUUAGCCUCUUACUUGUCCACUCAUGCAGAAUUACUCAGUUCAAAAGCAGAACCACCAUUAGUCUGGUUUUCCACUGUCGUUUUUUCCCAUCAGAGAUUACACGAAACCCUCCGAUUUGGCAUGCUCGAGAUUCAGGAGCACUUGGAGACAUUCUUAGAUAAAAAGGAUCACGCAACUGAGUGUUUAGAAGCUGUCAAAGCAACGAAUAAACUCCAGGUUCUGGGAGAGGUCCAUCCGGACAGUGUACCAGAGGAUAUGCUCCUCGGACUAGGGCGAUCAUUUUACAAGCUUCAUUUCCAACUGUUGCUUCUCAUCGAGGCUGCCAACAAGAUGCUAUUUGCAUUGUUAAAAGCAUCGAAGAAUAUAUCUGUGCAGUUGCACGACAUGUCCCCUGAGAUUUCUAUGAUGAAGACUGCAUUGUGUAGAGCUCUGGAAGAGAGUACUGAGAGUGAACGAGGAACACCCACUCCAACCCCCUCACCGAGUCCUUUACCUGUUGCUGGCUCCAUUGAAGAAGUCAUCCGGGUGGCUGAGCUCUUGAGAUCUGCUCGGUGGUCUGCAGCCCUCGAAGCAGUCAGGCUGCAUCGAGCCCAAUGGCCAGGGGAUCCCUUCCAUGACGAUGACGAUGUUACAACAGCUGUCAAUAUGUAUUGUAAAUACCUUGGACAAGAUCGCUCUGAUCUGUUUGUAGUAACAAAAAGUGAUACCGAGACGAUGGAGAUUUUUGACAGGCUCAUGGAGAGCCUCUUUCAAGUGUUGUCAGCAGUCACGGGGCUUGAAGCUGCGGUCAAAGCUGUCCGAGCGCAAGCGUCAAGUUCAAAAGCUGAUUGUUAGUUGAUUUGUGACGAUUAAUCACGUUUUUUUCUCUUUUUUAAUUUUUUUUUCGUCGAUUAUUAUGUAGAAAUAGAGCAUUUACAAGUCUUUCUUUUGUAAUCACUGAGAGUAUAUCAUGGCAAGAAUCGUAUCACUGUUGAGACUCUGGUUCUGAUUAUAAUCACGGGACUGAUUAGAUAAAUUUUUGAUCAAGGAAUUUAUGAUGAAUCAAAGGACUUUUAGUAUAAGUGUAAUCAGCGUCAAUUAUUAUUCAAUGAGGAAAAUAAAUGUUGAUGUCAAAUUA